UGAAGUCAGAGCUAACAUUUCUGGAUACGCAGUGAAGGUCAGUAGUGUUUGAGGCAGCGUGUAGGAACGGGAGGUACACUUAUUGGAGGAGUUGAUGCCCUAGCGUUGAUUUUCAAAUAAUUGGGGUCUCGUGUCGAGAAACCCGAACGUUUUGGUUCCAAGGCACCCCUGAAUAAAAAAAUAUGGGGGUGGCCGAGGACUUCGCUCCGAGCUUCACUCAGAAGCCGCAGUUGCGCCAAGAAGAUGAAGGAAAUAGACUGAUAUUCGAGUGCCAACUACUGGCAUCCCCAAAACCAGACAUUGACUGGUUCCGCGGUGAAACUCAGCUGGCAGAGGAUAACCGCACCAAUAUGAGGAUCCAGUCUGUAGGCACGAACAAGUUCCUCGUCGUACUCGAAUUAGACGAUGUUAUCGAAACCGACGCCGGCCUCUACAAAGUCAAAGCGAAAAACAAGAUGGGUGAAGUGGCUGCCUCAAUAAACCUCAACUUCAGUCCUGCCGAUGAACCACGAGAGAAGCAAAUUGAUGGCAUUGCUCCAACGUUUUCGAAAAAGCCAUCAAUCCGACAGGAAGAGGAUGGGAAACGCCUCCUGUUUGAAUGUCGGAUACAGGCUGAUCCACGACCAUCUGUCAGUUGGUCUCACAAUGGAGCUGCAGUACAGAACUCCACUAGGCACAAGUUAACUGUUGACAAAGAUGGUCAUUCCUACUUUGCAACACUGGAAAUAAAGAAUGUGACUGUUGAGGAUGCUGGCAAAUACAAGGUGACAGCAAAGAAUGAGUUAGGAGAGAGUAAUGCAACAAUAAGCCUCAAUUUUGACAGCGACGAGGCUCCAGUGCCAGCUGAUGGCAUCAAACCCACGUUCACAGAACGACCAGUGAUACGGCAGACUGAAGAUGGUGGGAAGGUGUCAUUUGAAUGUCGACUCGUUGGUGACCCCAAGCCAACAGUUACAUGGUACCAUGGAGGAAAAAUACUGAAGGAAAGUGGUCGCUUUCAUAUGUCUCAGGAACUAGACCAGAAAUUGUAUUACAUGGCAAGGUUAGAGAUCAGUUCUGUGGAAACUUCGGAUGGUGGUGACUACAAGGCUGUCGCCAAAAACAAGCAUGGAGAAGGCACAGCAUCUAUAAAUCUGAAUUUUGAAGGAGGUGGCAAACCAAAGAUUCCAGAUGGCAAAGCACCUCGUUUCCCAAAGAAACCAACAAUAAAACAGGAUGGUGAUAUACUUGUGAUGGAGUGUGUUUUGGAAGCCAAUCCUGUACCUGAGAUUACAUGGUACCAGGGUACGAAGGUCAUUUCAGAUAGCAGCCGCGUUCGUAUGGCAAGGAAAGCUACUGGAAAAGAUACGUAUCUUCUGACAUUGGAAGUUUCAAAUCCUACCAAGGAGGAUGGUGGAAACUACAGAUGUAAUGCCUUCAAUAAUUUUGGGGAGAGCAAUGCCAAUAUUGCACUAAAUUUCCAAGGUGGUGAUGAUGCAGCUGGGUUUGCUCCAUCUUUUGUCGAGAAGCCAAAAAUUAUUCCAAAUGACACUGGAACACUUAUCACAAUGAGAUGCAAAUGCAAAGCUAAACCAAAACCUAUUGUAACCUGGUACCGUGGUACUACAUUAGUCAAAGAGACCUCAAAGAUUAAAAUAAACACACUUGAUAAAGAAGAGGACACUUAUGAAUUACUAUUAGAAAUAAAGGACCCAGCUGGACCAGAUGGAGGAACAUACAGGUGCAAUGUGAAGAAUGACUUUGGCGAAAGCAAUGCCAACCUCAAUCUCAACAUUGAAGCUGAACCAGAACCCGAGGGUGAUGGGCCAACAUUCGUGGAGAAACCUCGGAUCGUCUCUGAGAUGAAUGGAAAACUUGUUAUUAUGACCUGUAAAGUGAAAGCCAAUCCCAAACCAAGUAUAGUUUGGUACCAAGCAGGGAAAGUGGUGAAGGAAUCUUCAAAAAUAUCAAUAUCUAUUGACCAGAAAGAUGACAUCUAUACAAUUAAAUUGGAAUUGAAGGAUCCUGGACAAGAAGAUUCAGGCUUGUAUAAAUGUAACAUCAAGAAUUCACUUGGUGAAUUAAAUGCAAACCUCACACUUAAUAUUGAAAUUAUACCUGUGAUCAAAGAAAAGCCAAGAGUGAUAAAGAUUACUAAGAAGAGAACUGUGAUUGUAGAGUGUAAUGUGAUAUCUAAGUUUGCUCCUCAGUGUACUUGGUUUAAGGAAAAGACAGCUGUCCAUGAGGACUCGAGACACACAGUUCGUGUUGAACAAGUUAAAGAAGGAGAAUUUUCAGUGAAACUUGAAAUUGAGUCUGUAACUCAGACUGAUAAAGGUUCAUACAAACUGAUUGCAAAGAAUGAGAAAGGAGAAGCUACAUCUCAAACAGUUGAAGUGACUGAAAUUCCAGAAGAAGAAGAAGUGAAGAAGGGCAACAAACCAGAAUUUUCUCAGGGCCUUACAUCUGUGAGUACAGAAGACAAGAAAGCAACUGUUGUCUGGUACAGGAAUGCACAGCUUGUCAGAGAAUCUCAGGAAAUCAAAACAUCAUUUGAUGGAAGUUAUGCCAGACUACGCAUUUCAAGUUGCAAAACAGAAUACACAGGAUCCUACAAGGUGGUCAUAUCAAAUGAAUUUGGAAAAGCAGAAUCUUCAGCUGAUUUGAAAGUUACUGAAAAAAAGAAGGCCGAAGAGAAGAAAAAAGAAGAAAAGAAGGUAGAAAAGAAAGAAGAAAAGAAAAUUGAGCCAGAGCCAGAGAAGGAGGUCAUUGAGAGAAAAGUUGUCACGGACACUAAGAAACCAGAGGAAGAGAAGAAAGUUCCCGAAAAGAAGCCUGAGACCAAAAAGAAAGAAGUGGAGAAGGUUAAUGAUGUUGCAGUUAAGAUAGAAGAGAAGACAGCAUCUCUACAAGGAGAGAAUGAGGUGAAGAAAAAACCAGAACCAAACAAGAAGAUACAGCCAGAGAAGAAAGUGGAGGAAGCAAAGAAACAGCCUGAGCAAAAGAAGACAGAUACAGAAAAGACGGUUGAUAAGAAGAGUGAUAUAGAUGCUGUAAAACAGAAUGCAGAGCCUGAAAAGAAAAAAGAAGAGUUGGAUUAUAACACCAAAUUAGAUCAGGUUAAGAAAGAGGAAAAUACUGUUAAAAAUGAAGAGACAGGAGUUCAGAGACCGGAAGGGGCAGAAACUCUUCACACUGACAAUCAAAAUAGAAAUGAAGUGGAUUCAGAACAAAAAAAUGACUUGAAACCAGGUCAGGUUAAGAAAUCAGGUACAGAUAACACAAAAGAUAUACAGCAGAAAAACAAACCAAGAAUGGAAGUGAAAGAUGUACCCUUCCACAUGGUCCAGCUAAAGCCUGUGGAAAGAGACCCUAAGGCUACAAGUCCAGCCCCAGAGAAAACUGAUGAUAGGAAGUUGAAAAAUGGGGUGAAGAGUAACAGAAGAAAACCAUCCGUUGAAUUGGAAAGUGCUGAUAAGGUAACAGAGAUGAAAACUGAAACUCAGAGGAGGUCAUCAAUAAUCAAGACUGGAGAAAAGAUUGUGCAAGAGGAGGAAGAGAAAAAGGUUCAAGAACUGAAGGUUUCAGCACAGAAGGUUGAAGAAAUUAAGGUGGAUGGAGAAAGGAAGAUGUCAGUUCAGAAAAAGGCUGUGGAAGUGAAGACUGAGGAGAAAAAGGCUUCCUUGACAACACAACAGGAAACACAGAAGCCGAUUCCUAGAUACGACCCAAUGGCAUAUGUACCUAGUAGUUCUGAAGAGGAGAGUGAAGAAGAAAUACAAGGAUUGGUGAAUGUGGAGAGUCAUGUGACUAAAAAUAAAGAAGAUGAAAGUGGUGAGGAGUACGAGGAAGAUGAUACUUUUAAUGAGUUGGAUUUUGUUCCUAAGGUUGACAAGGUGAAGAAACCGGGCAUCAAAGUGCCUGAGAUCAAGGCACCUGAAAUCAAGGCCCCAGAAGCUCCCAAGAUUGAGGUGAGCCGUGAGAAGUCGCCUGUUGCAGAUACUCGAAAGGGAUCACUUGCUCCAGGCUCUGGACCCUCAAGUCGAAGGGGUUCUCUUAUUCCUCCAGAGGAACAGCAGAGACGACCUAGCCUCAUUAUCAGUGACGAGGAGAAUAGGAAGUUACGACCUGGUGAAGUCUUGGAUGAGAGAAAGCGCAGAAGACCAAGUGCUGAUGUACGGCGCCCAAGUGUUGCAGAAUUGGGAGAGAUGAUUGACAAGCCAUGUACACCUCUUAAAGCCAUUGGAGAUCCUGGGCCACCAUCAAUAGUUGAUAUCCAAGAGAGCUACUCAGCAGUAGAAGAUCAGAUUGGCUACAUUACAGUUCAGGUUGAAGGAAAUCCUGCACCCACAUUCAAGUGGUACAAGGGUAUGACAGAAAUUAUUGAAGGAGGUCGAUACAAGUUCCUAACUGCUGGAGAUACAAAUACAGUAACCUUGUGUAUGAGAAAGAUUAAGCCCAACGAUGAAGGCAAAUAUACAAUUACAGUAAGCAAUGUACAUGGAGAAGAUUCUGCCGAGACACAGUUGUAUGUCUCAGAUGCAAGUGGAAUGGAUUUCCGUUCCAUGCUAAAGAAACGCAAGUAUGCAAAGUGGGGUAAAGACAAGGAGGAUCCAGAUUGGGGCGACUUGAAGGAGGUGGAGAAACCAACCACAACACUAAAGAAAGUUGAGAAGAAACAAGAAUCCUUCUUGAAGCCUUUAGUAGACCAACAUGCAAAAGAAGGAAAGGACAAGAAAGUAGUGUUUGAGGCUAUAUUCUCCAAACCUAAUUCCAAACCAAAGUGGUUCUUUCGAAAAGAUGAAUUAUUCUCUGGAUCAAAGUACAAGUUUGUUAAUGAAAAUGAUGUGUACAAAUUAAUCAUCAGUACUCCCAAGGUGGAAGAUACUGGAAAAUACACAAUUGAGAUUGCUGGCAUCGCUUGCACAGCUUACCUAGAUGUAGAGGAACCGGAAGCAGUUUAUUCAUUCCUGAAACCCCUUAGUAAGAAGACUGAUGGAUUUACAAAACAUGAGACACUAAUGGAGUGUACUGUGAAUAGCAGUAUGGCAAUGGUGUCCUGGUGGAGAGGAGAUAAGAAGAUUUCUGAUGAUGAUAAGUAUGACACUGCUAAGGAGAUGUCUGGAGUUUGUCGACUGACGAUUAAAAAUUGUGAGAUUGAAGACAGUGGUGAAUAUACUUGUAGAAUUGAGAAACAACAAGACAAAACCACAACCUUAGUCACAAUUAUUGAAUAUCCAUACAAAUUUGUAAAAGUUCUGAAGAGUCAGCAGAUAACAGAAAAGGAUCAAAUAACUCUGCAUUGUGAACUGGAUGAUGCAGGUGGUGAAGUAACAUGGCAUAAGAACAAUGAACCAGUGAAACCUGACAAGAGGCUCCAAAUAGUUAAAGAGGGUCGAAAGCGAAAGCUUGUUAUCAAAGACUGCAAAGUCACUGAUGCUGGUAUCUACACUUGCACUUCAAAUGCAGAUAAAACAGAAUGUGAACUUGUUAUCCAGUACCAGAACCGGUUCAACAAGAAACUUAAAGACACAACAGUUGUGGAAAGAUCAAAGCUUGUUCUUGAUGUGGAACUUCAGGAUCAAACAGCUCCAGCUGAGUGGUACUUCAAUGAUGAGAAAAUAGAAGAGUCUGAAAGAGUUGAGAUCAAGAACCUUGGUGGUGGCAAGCACCAGCUAAUAUUUAAGAAAGCUGAGUUGACUGACACUGGGGAGUUCAGGUGUGAAUCAGGGAAGCUGCUUUCUACAUGUCAAGUUGUUGUGAAAAAGGGUGAAGAUAAGCCUGUUAUUAAUUUCCCUGACCAUGUUGAGGGUCCAGUUAGUAAACCAAUUGUAUUUGAAGUACCAUAUACUGUUGGUGGGACAAAGCAGUCACCUGUAGAGGCCAAAUUAAUAAAAGAUGGGAAAGCACUGCCUCUUAAGGAAGUGGAAGUUAUUGUUGCUGAUGAUAAGGCAACAUUUAAAUUUAAGAAGCCUGCUCGCAAUCUUUCUGGGAUAUAUCAGCUCAAAAUUUCAAAUGCACAAGGAGAAGAUGCAAAGAAUAUUAAUAUAAAUAUGCAAGAUGUCCCAUCUGCACCAUUGGACAUCAAUGUAACUGAUGUAUUCCAGACUUCAUGUGUUGUCCACUGGAAACCUUCUAAAGAUGAUGGCGGUUUGCCUAUCCAGCAUUAUGUAGUUGAGCGCCUUGAUAUGGGUGUUAAAGGUGGAUGGGACAGUAUAGCACAGAUACCACCAAAUGAACCCACAAAGUACAAGUGUGAGGAUCUAACUCCAAAGAGAGAAUACAAAUUCCGCAUUAGAGCAGUCAAUAAAAUAGGAUCAUCUGAACCAGUAUUAUUUGCCAAGACUGUUCUUGCUAAGGAUCCAUGGGAUGAACCUAGCAAGCCUAAUAAUGUUGAAGUUGUGGACUGGGACAAAGACCAUGCAGAUCUUAAGUGGCUCAAACCAGACAAUGAUGGUGGAGCACCCAUCACUGGCUAUGUUAUAGAAUUUAAGGAAAAAUUUGGCAAAGAAUGGGAAAAGGGAUUGGAAAUAGCAGGAGAUAUCACAAAGGCAACCAUACAGGGCUUGAAGGAAGGAACUCAAUAUGAAUUCCGAAUCCGAGCUGUUAACAAAGCUGGACCUGGAGAACCAAGUGAUGCAACAAAACCUAUAAUUGCUAAGGCCCGGUUUGUGAAACCAUUCAUCAUUGGAGAUGGUUUGACAAAUAUUGUUGUGAAAAAGGGCCAAGUUAUAAAAUAUGACAUUAAGUUUGGUGGUGAACCAGAACCAGUACCUCGAUGGGAACAAGACGGCAAAGAACUUACUGAGGAUGCUCAGGAAAGGAUUACAAUUGACAAAUAUGAAAAGAACACAGUACUUACAAUUCGCCGGGUAACAAGAGCUGACAGUGGCAAAUAUAAGUUGACUCUCACUAAUGGUUCAGGAACGUGUGAAAGUUUGGCUGAUGUUGUUGUCCUAGGCAAACCUUCCUCACCACAAGGCCCUCUGGUAGCUGAAGAGGUGCGGGCAAAUCAUGUGAAAGUCAAGUGGAACAAGCCUGAAGACAGUGGAGGAAGUGAUAUCACAGGCUAUGUACUGGAAAAAAUGGAUCUGGACACAGGACAUUGGGUACCUGCUGGAGAGGUGAAACCAGAUAAGAAUUCAUUCACAAUUGAUGGAUUAACUCCUAAGAAGAAAUACAAGUUCCGAGUGAAAGCUGUAAACAAGGAAGGUGAAUCAGAACCUCUAGAGACAGAUGAACCAAUUCUGGCCAGGAAUCCUUAUGAUGAGCCUGGUCGGCCCGGGAAACCUGAUAUUAUUGACUUUGAUAACAAGAGUGUAACUUUAAAAUGGGCUAAACCAGAAGAGGAUGGUGGUCGACCAAUAACUCAUUACACUGUUGAAAUGAAAGACAAGCUCUCUGUGGAGUGGGUGGAAGUUUUUAAAACAAAAGACAGUAACCCUGAGGGUGUUGUAGAAGGCCUCAAAGAAAAGAAUAUUUAUCAAUUCAGGAUACGUGCACACAAUAAAGCUGGUGCCAGUGAACCUAGUGAACCAACAAAUAGUCACAUCUGCAAACACAGACAUUUGAAACCAAGAAUUGAUCGUGCCACCUUCAAGAGUGUGACCAUUAAAGCUGGACGAACACACAAAUGGUCAGUAGAUGUAUCUGGAGAACCUCCUCCAACCUGUUCAUGGAUCUGGCGUGACAACAUCUCACUGGUCACUACAGAGAAAAUCAAAAUUGAAAAUAUUGAUUAUCAUACAGACUUCACAAUUAUUAGUACUAUGCGACGAGAUACGGGGAAAUACACACUCAUUGCAGAAAAUGCAUCAGGGAAAGAUCAAGAGACUGUCGAACUCACAGUACUUGGCAAACCCAGUAUGCCACAGGGACCAUUGGAAGUAACUGAUGUAACAAAAACAUCUGCAAAAUUGAAAUGGAAAAAACCAGAGGAUGAUGGUGGAUGUCCUAUCAAAGAGUACGAAGUGGAGAAGAUGGACAUGGCUACUGGGAAGUGGGUUAGAGUGGGACGAGUUCCUGGAGAUAGACCAUUUCCAGAGUUGGAAGUUACUGGUCUCACGCCUGGAGCAGAAUACAAAUUCCGAGUGUCUGCCGUUAAUGAUGAAGGAGACUCAGAACCACUGGUGACAGAGAAAGCUACCAUUGCAAAGAAUCCAUUUGAUGAGCCAUCUCAGCCUGGCACCCCAGAAAUCACAGAUUUUGAUAAUGAGAGUGUAGAUUUGAAGUGGACCAAACCAAAAAGUGAUGGAGGUGCCCCAAUUGAAAAAUAUAUUAUUGAAAAGAAAGACAGGUUCAAGCCAGAUUGGGAGAAAGCUAUAGAAGUUCCAGGUGAUCAGCUGGAAGCAAAAGUUCCGGAUCUGAAGGAAAGGGCUGAGUUCCAGUUCCGAAUAGUAGCUGUAAAUAAAGCUGGGCCAUCUCCUGCAUCUGAACCUACAAAGUCACACCUUGUUAAACAUAAGGCCUUGAAACCAAGAAUAGACCGUACAAAUCUGAAACCAAUUGUGAUCAAAGCAGGAAAAAUGGUGAAAUAUGAUGUGAAUAUCAGAGGUGAACCUCCUCCAACUGUAAAAUGGUUCCAUGGGAACGAUGAGGUUAAGUCUGAGGGUAAUAUAGAAAUCAUUAACAUUGACUACAAUACCAAACUUACUAUUAAUGAUGGUGUAAGAAAGAACACUGGUUUAUGGAAAAUUGUGGCUGAAAAUCAGCAUGGAAAGGAUGAAGCUGAUGUUGAAAUUACUGUUCUCUCUGCACCUUCAAGACCAAAGGGUCCUCUUAAAGUAUCAGAUGUUACAAAGAAUGGUUGCAAAUUGAAGUGGGAUAAACCAGAGGAUGAUGGUGGCAAACCUAUCACUGGGUAUGUAGUUGAGAAGCUUGAUACAGCAACCGGGCGAUGGGUGCCAGUAGGUCGUACCACUGAGCCUGAAAUGGAUGUGAAAGGACUUCAGGAGGGCAGUGAAUAUAAAUUCCGAGUGAAGGCUCUCAAUGAUGAGGGAGAGAGUGAGCCACUGGAGACAGAGCGUGCUACACUUGCUAAAAAUCCAUUUGACAUUCCAAGCAAGCCUGGGACCCCUGAUAUUGUUGACUGGGAUGUGGAUCGUGUGGAUCUUAAAUGGGAGGCUCCAAAGUCCAAUGGUGGGGCUGCAAUUACUGGCUACAUUAUUGAAAAGAAGGAGAAAUUUAGCAGUUCUUGGGAUGAGAUUCUGACUACUACGUCCCCUGCUUGUGAAGCUCGAGUUCCUGGCUUAAAGGAAGGGAACCAAUACCAGUUUCGUGUUCGGGCAGUGAACAAGGCAGGUCCUUCAGAACCUAGUGAGCCUACUAAACCACAUAUUGCCAAAGCCAGAUUCUUGCGUCCAAUUAUUAACCGUGAGAAACUGCAAAAAGUCACAGUACGUGCAGGAGCAUUUGUCAGAUUUGAUGUGGAUGUGAAAGGUGAACCUCCACCAACUAUCAGUUGGCAUUUUGCUAAUAAGCAGCUGGAGAAUGGACCGACAGUAAAGAUUGAAAAUGAAGAUUACAAUACAAAGAUACAGCUUUCUGACACAGUAAGGAAAAACACAGGCAUAUAUACUAUCAAAGCAGAGAACAGUUCUGGCACAGAUGAAGCUACAGUAGAGGUAAUAAUACUUGAUAAACCUGAUAAACCGGAGGGGCCUCUUGAAGUCACAAAUGUGCACAAAGAAGGCUGUAAGUUGAAGUGGAAAAAACCAAAAGAUGAUGGUGGUCUCCCUUUGACUGGCUAUGUUGUGGAGAAAAUGGAUGCUGCAACAGGUCGCUGGGUUCCAGCUGGCUUUGUUGAUCCUAACAAGACUGAACAGGAAAUUACAGGGCUUGAACCUAUGAAAAAGUAUCAGUUCAGAGUGAAGGCAGUUAAUGAGGAAGGAGAAUCAGAACCGUUAACAACAGAUACUGCCAUUCUUGCCAAGAAUCCAUAUGAUACUCCAGCAGCUCCUGGACUGCCAGAAAUUGUAGACUGGGAUGAGACCAUGGUGAAGCUCAAGUGGGAACCACCAAUUCGUGAUGGUGGUGCACCAAUAACAGGCUAUGUUAUUGAGAUGAUGGACAAAUAUGGAGGAGCCUUUGUAAAAGCAGCUGAAGUUCAUGGAAACACCUGUCAGGGCACUGUUCCUAAAUUGGAAGAAGGAAAUCAGUACCAGUUCCGAGUAAGAGCUGUAAACAAGGCUGGUCCUGGUGAUCCGAGUGAGGAGACUAAUCCACAUAUUGCUAAAGCAAGAUACUUGAAACCAAAUAUUGACCGCACCAACUUGCAAAAUCUCGUUGUCAAAGUUGGCCUUACUCUCACCCUUGAUGUUAAUAUUUCUGGAGAACCUCCUCCAGAAGUUACAUGGUUGUUUGAAGGAAAGGAAUUGAAAUCAGAUGACCUCAUCCGCGUUGACAAUAUAGAUUACAACACAAAGUUUUUCAUUUUAAGAGCAAAGAGAAUUCACAAUGGAAAAUACACAAUCAUAGCCAAGAACUCUGUUGGUGAAGAUCGAGUUGAUUUUGACAUUGCUGUUCUUGGUAGACCAGGAAAACCAAAGGGCCCCAUAGAGGCAACUAAUGUUACAAAGAAUGGCUGUAAACUUAAUUGGAAGAAACCUGAUGAUGAUGGUGGUGUACCCAUUGAAUAUUACGAAAUUGAAAAGCUGGAUCCUCUCACAGGCCAGUGGAUCCCUUGUGCUAAAUCCACAGAGCCAGAAGCUAACAUUGGAGGUUUACAGGAGGGGAAACCUUAUAAAUUCCGUGUGAAGGCUAUAAACAAAGAAGGAGAAUCAGAAGAACUGGAACUUGACAAGCCUAUCAUUGCCAAGAAUCCAUUUGAUGAACCAAGCAAACCUGGAAGACCAGAUGCCAAGAACUGGGACAAGGACUUUGUUGAUUUGGAAUGGGCAGCUCCAAAGGAUGAUGGUGGAGCACCAAUUGAAAAAUACAUUAUUCAGAUGCGUGACAAAGAGGGUAGAGCUUGGGUUGAUGCUGCAACUGUCCCUGGAAACAGAACUGCAGGGAAGGUGACCAAUGUUCAAGAAGGACAUGAGUAUGAGUUCCGCAUUAUUGCAGUUAAUAAAGCAGGGCCUAGUGAACCCAGCGAUCCCUCUAAGUCAGUUGUUGCUAAACCUCGCUUCUUGGCUCCAUACAUUGACCGCAAAAAUCUGCAGAAGAAAGUUGUUCGAAGUGGACAGUUAUUGCGUAUUGAAGCUGAUGUCAAAGGUGAACCUCCACCAACCAUUACUUGGACACUGAAGGAUGUGGUUCUCAAAUCACUGGACAGGUUGAAGAUUGAGAAUGAAGAUUACAAAACUACAUUCAUCCUUACAAAAGUAAAGCGAUCAGAUACUGGCAUAUAUGUUGUAACAGCAAAGAACAGCUCUGGCACUGAUCAAGUUGAAGUGGAGAUUUCAGUGCUGAGCAAGCCUAGCAAGCCAAAGGGACCAUUAAAAGUAUCAGAUAUAACAGCUGAAGGCUGCAAGCUGAAGUGGGAAAAACCAGAGGAUGAUGGCGGAGAACCGGUUGACCAUUAUGUUAUUGAGCGCAUGGACACAGAGACUGGACGUUGGGUCCCAGUUGGAACAAGCAAAACACCAGAAGCUGACGUGUCUGGUCUCAAUGAAGGAAAGGAAUAUCAGUUCCGUGUGAAGGCAGUGAAUGCUGAAGGAGAAUCAGAACCACUUGAUACUGAUGUCCCAACAUUGGCCAAGAAUCCAUACUGUGAACCUGACAAGCCUGGGAAACCAGAAGUUAAAGACUGGAACAGGCAUCAAGCUGAUCUCAAAUGGGCCCCACCCAAGUCUGAUGGAGGUGCUCAGAUUACAUCAUACAUUGUUGAAAAGAAAGACCAGUACAGUUCUAAAUGGCAGAAAGCUGUUGAGGUCAUUGGAAACAAGUGUGAAGCAAAAGUUCCUGAUCUGGUUGAAGGGAUGAAGUACCAGUUCAGAGUACGUGCUGUCAACAAAGGCGGUCAGAGCAAACCAAGUGAUCCUAGUGAUACCAUCACUGCGAAAGAUCGCUUUGCUGCUCCACGUAUUGAUCGCAGUACACUGAAAGACAUGACAAUAAAGGCUGGACAGAAUAUUCGAUUUGAUGUCAAGAUCAGUGGAGAACCUCCUCCAAGCAAGUCAUGGUUCCUCAACAAGGCUCGUCUUGAUUCUAAAGAUGACAUUACCAUUGAUAAUGAAGAUUACAAGACAAAACUGGUUAUCAUGCCUGUGUCAAGGAAGCAUUCAGGCACAUAUGUUAUCAAAGCUGAAAACAGCUCUGGAAAAGAUGAAGUUGCUGUUGAAGUAACAGUACUUGAUAAACCUGGCAAGCCCGAAGGACCUUUGAAGAUCUCUGAUAUUCACAAGGAAGGUUGUAAUCUGAAAUGGAAUGCCCCUGAGGAUGAUGGUGGUUCACCAAUAGAACAUUAUGUUGUUGAAAAGAUGGACACAGAAUCAGGGCGGUGGCUCCCAGUCGGUCGUUCAAAGGAGCCAAAAAUGGAAGUUGAGAACCUCCAGCCUGGUCAAGAGUACAAAUUUCGAGUGAUGGCUGUCAAUGCAGAAGGAGAAUCAGAACCACUUGAUGCUGACAAGUCUAUCAUUGCAAAAAAUCCAUUUGAUGAACCUGAUGCUCCGGGCACUCCUGAAGCUACUGACUGGGAUAAGGACCAUGUAGAUCUGAGAUGGACUCCACCAGCAAAGGAUGGUGGAUCUCCAAUCACAGGAUACGUGAUUGAAAAACGUGAAAAAGAUUCCCCGCGCUGGACAAAAGCUGCUGAAACAAAAGGAUCUGACUGCAAAGGACGAGCAGAAAACUUGGAAGAAGGUGUGACAUAUGAAUUCAGGGUUCGUGCAGUUAAUGCAGCUGGACCAGGUCAACCAAGUCAAGCCAGCAAACCCAUUACUGCCAAACCAAGGAAGUUGGCUCCAAAAAUUGACCGCCGCAAUUUGCGAGCAAUUACAGUACGUGAGGGUGAACCAAUUCUAUUUGAUGUGAAGAUAAUUGGUGAACCACCACCAGAAGUGACAUGGAGUGUUAAUAAUAAGUCUAUCCAAGAAACAAGCUAUCGCAGGAUAGAAAAUGUUCCAUACAAUUCCAAAUUCUUCAAUGAUAAUCCUGAAAGAAAAGACACUGGCAUCUACAAAAUUCAUGCUGUCAACAAAUACGGUUCUGAUACUGCUGAAGUUGAAGUAACUGUUGUAUCUAAACCCGGGAAACCAGAAGGUCCAUUGGAAGUUUCUGAUGUACAUAAAGAUGGCUGCAAACUUAAAUGGAAGAAGCCAAAAGAUGAUGGUGGUGAACCCAUUGAAACAUACUUGGUGGAGAAAUAUGAUCCUGACACUGGAAUUUGGUUACCUGUUGGACGAACAAAGGACCCUGAAUUGGAUGUGCAGGGCCUGAUACCUGGCCAUGAAUAUCAGUUCCGUGUUAAAGCAGUGAACAAAGAGGGUGAAUCAGAACCACUGGAAACUCUGUCAUCUAUCAUAGCCAAGGACCCAUUCACUGUGCCCACUGCACCUGGGGCCCCAGAACCAGUUGAUUGGAGUCAAAAUCAUGUUGAUCUGAUUUGGAAAGAACCUGUAUCUGAUGGUGGGUCACCCAUAACUGGAUACAUCAUUGAGAAGAAAGACAAGUAUAGCGUGAUGUGGGAAAAGGCAUUAGAGACAGAUGUGGCCACCCCACAGGCAGUUGUCCAUGGCUUAAUUGAAGGCAAUGAAUAUCAGUUCCGAGUGAUAGCUGUUAAUAAAGCUGGUCAGAGUGAGCCUGGUGAAGCAAGCAAGAACUUCAUUGCUAAGCCACGAUUCCUUGCUCCAAGAAUUGACAGGCGCAAUCUUCGUGAUGUUACCAUUUCAGCUGGGUCUGCACUAAAAUUUGAUGCUAAUAUUAUUGGAGAACCUCCACCAACAGUGGAAUGGAGAUAUGGAGCUAUUCCACUUAGAUCUUCAAAGACUGUGCAAGUAGACAAUGUUGACUAUAAUACCAAACUAGUGAUACGUCCAGUACAGCGAGGAGACUCUGGUGAAUACACUGUCACAGCUUCUAACAGUUCUGGAAAGGACACUGUCACUGUCAAUGUUGUUGUCACUGACAAACCUACUUCACCAGAGGGUCCACUACAGGUGUCAGAUGUGCACAAAGAAGGAUGCAAACUUAAAUGGAAGCGUCCAAAGGAUGAUGGAGGCACUCCCAUUGAGUACUACCAAGUGGAGAAGAUGGACCCAGAGACCGGGUGUUGGGUUCCUUGUGGUCGUUCAACUGAACCAAACAUGGAAGUUACUGGUCUGACUCCAGGCAAGGAAUAUAAAUUCAGAGUUGCUGCUGUAAAUUCUGAGGGUGAAUCUGAACCACUUGAAGCUGAUCAAACUAUUGUUGCCAAAAAUCCAUUUGAUGAGCCUGGAAAGCCUGGGAACCUUCAAGCUACAGAUUGGGAUAAAGAUCACGUUGAUCUCAAAUGGACACCACCAAAGGAAGAUGGUGGCUCUCCUAUUACUGGUUAUAUUGUUGAAAAGAAGGAUAAGUAUGGUCAAUGGGAGAAAGCCCUUGAAGUUCCUGCUAGUCAGACCACAGCUACUGUUCCUGAUCUAAUUGAAGGGCAACCUUAUGAAUUCAGAGUCCGAGCUGUGAAUGCUGCAGGGCCUGGUGAACCUAGUGAUGCUACACCCACAAUUAUAGCCAAACCACGUAAUCUUGCACCAAAGAUUGACCGCACAAACCUCAUUGAAGUACGAAUAAAAGCUGGACAAAACUUUGGUUUUGAUGUCAAAGUGUCUGGUGAGCCUCCUCCAGAAACUAAGUGGCUCAUACGUGGAAAGGAAGUGAAGUCAACAGACAGAAUCAAAAUACAGCAUGCAGAGUACAAUACAAAACUGAAUGUCCGUUUGGCAACUCGAGCAGAGUCAGGAAGAUAUACUAUUACAGCAGAAAAUGUCAAUGGAAAAGAUACUGCUGAAGUGGAUGUGAUAGUCUUGGACAAACCAAGUCCACCUGGAGGACCCCUUAAAGUGUCUGAUGUCCAUGCUGAGGGCUGCAAGCUUAACUGGAACCCACCAGCAGAUGAUGGUGGACAGCCAGUAGAUAAAUAUGUUGUGGAGAAGAUGGAUGAAGCUUCAGGCCGGUGGGUACCUGCAGGUGAAACUGAUGGUCCAGUCACAAGCCUGGAUGUUGAUGGUCUGCAACCAGGGCAUAAGUACAAGUUUAGAGUGAGAGCAGUGAACAAACAAGGAAAAUCAGAACCACUUACAACAAGCCAGGCCAUUGAAGCUAAAAAUCCAUUUGAUCAGCCAAGUAAGCCUGGCACUCCAGAAAUAAAGGAUUAUGAUAAAGAUUUUGUGGAACUGCAGUGGGCAAGACCAAGUGAGGAUGGAGGAUCACCGAUCACAGGCUACAUUAUUGAGAAGAAAGAUAAAUUCAGUCCAAACUGGGAUAAGUGUGCUGAAGUUAAAGGUGAUGUGACUACUGGAAGGGUUCCUGACCUUAUUGAAGGUAAUCAGUAUGAGUUCAGAGUCCGAGCUGUGAAUAAAGCUGGACAAGGUGAACCAAGUGAUGCCACAAAGCCACAUAUUGCCCGUCCCAAAAACUUGCCUCCUCGAAUUGAUCGUAAUGCCCUGAUUGAUGUGAAGAUCAGGGCUAGCCAGAACUUUGACUUUGAUGUACCAAUUAGUGGCGAACCACCACCAUCAAAGGAAUGGACAGUGAAAGGAAAUUUUAUCAUCAAUACAGAUCGUAUAAAGGUUGUGAAUGAGAAUUACAACACCAAACUUCGUGUGAUUGAUGCCAAAAGAGGUGACAGUGGAACAUACACUCUCACUGCCAAGAAUAUCAAUGGUAUUGACACUGCAAUAGUCAAUGUUACUGUGUUAGAUAUACCACAACCUCCUGAAGGCCCACUGAAACCAGAAAAUGUUACGAAGUCUUCUUGUUCCCUUUAUUGGCGUCCACCUAAAGAUGAUGGAGGUUCUGAAAUUACUCAUUAUGCAGUGGAAAAAUUGGACACAGAAAACAUGCGAUGGGUUCCUGUUGGUGAUGUCACUGGCACAUCAAUACGGGUGGACCAUUUGAUUGAGGGCCAUGACUACAAUUUCCGUGUGAGAGCAGUAAAUAAACAGGGUGAAUCCCUGCCCCUCACAGGUCAAUCACCAAUUACAGCUAAAGAUCCCUUCAACAAACCUGAUAAACCAGGCACACCAGAACCUGUGGACUGGGACAAGGAUCAUGUGGAUUUGGAAUGGACUCCACCCAAGAAAGAUGGAGGAUCUCCUAUAACUGGAUACAUUAUUGAGAAGAGGACUAGAUUUGGUCCAUGGGAGGAGGCAGCUGAGGUUCCUGGAAACAAAACGAAAGGAACCUCACCAAAUAUCACUGAAGGCGAAGAGUACGAAUUUCGAGUGAUUGCAGUAAACAAAGAGGCACCAUGGUUUGAUAAGACUUUGCUACAAGAUAUGGUAGUAAAAGCUGAUCAGAAGAUUAAUUACACCAUCCCAAUUGAAGCAUCACCAAGACCUAAAGCAAAAUGGUCCGUAAAUGGCAAGCCUGUUGAACCUGGAGUACGAGCUGAUAUUCAGACAUUUGCCAAUCAGACUGUGUUUGAGAUUUUGUUUUCAGUUCGUAAUGAUACUGGGCGCUACACUCUCACACUGGAAAAUGAAUUGGGGCAGUCCUCAGCUUCUGCCAAUGUCACUGUACUAGAUCGACCAUCUCCACCUGAAGGUCCUCUAGUGGUUAGCAAUAUAACAAAGGAGGGUGCUCGCCUUACGUGGAAGGUACCACUCGAUGAUGGUGGAAGUCCCAUUCUGCAUUACAUUGUGGAGAAAAUGGAUGUGUCAAGGGGAACAUGGGCAGAUGCAGGCAUGGCUUCAGGUCUAUCUCAUGAUGUAACAAGACUGAUACAUCGGAAGGAGUACCUCUUCCGAGUAAAGGCUGUCAAUAGCAUAGGAGAGUCUGAUCCUCUUGAGACAGCAAAGAGCAUCAUUGCGAAGAAUGAAUUUGACGGACCAGAUGCUCCUGGAAAGCCAUUUAUCAUGGACCAUCUCUCACUUUCCUCGGGGCAAGGGAUGCGCAAAAAACUUAAAAACCGAGAUCGAGUUCUGUUUGGUGUAUUUUGUCACACACUGCACCAAAAUAAACAAGACAUUUUAUUUACUAUUCAGGGUACUGUACCAGAUCUUACAGAGGGCCAGGAAUAUGAAUUCCGUGUCAUUGCAACUAAUUCAGCUGGCCAGAGUGAACCUAGUGAGCCAUCUGAUACUGUGAUUGCUAAAGCAAGAUACUUACCCCCAAAAAUCAAGACACCUCUGAAUGAUAUCCGCAUCAAAGCAGGCCAGAUCUUUCACGUUGACAUCGAUUUUAUUGGUGAACCUCCACCAGAAGUAAUAUGGUCUGUGGAAAAUAAGCCACUCAAGACAGAUGAAAGAACAACAGUAACCUCAAUUGGUUACCAUACAAUUGUCCACACAGUAAAUGCCAAGAGGUCUGAUAGUGGACUGUAUCAUUUGAUGUUACGAAACAGCUCUGGUCUGGAUGAAGGAUCUUUCCAAGUCAAUGUAUUAGAUCGACCUUCACCGCCAGAGGCCCCACUUGAGUAUGAGGAGAUCACUGGAUCUAGUGUAACCUUAUCAUGGAAACCACCUAAGGAUAAUGGUGGUAGUGAGAUUACUGGUUAUGUAAUUGAGAAACGAGACCUAACACAUGGUGGUGGUUGGGUGCCAGCUGUCACUUUUGUAAAUCCAAAAUAUAAUCAUGCAACUGUCCCUCGACUUCUGGAAGGCACCAAAUAUGAGUUUAGAGUAUCAGCUGAGAAUCUCCAGGGUCGCUCUGAUCCUCUCAACACACAGAAACCAGUGGUUGCCAAAAAUCAAUUUGAUGUACCUGGCCGUCCUGGUCGUCCUGAAGCUGUUGAUACUGAUAAAGAUCAUAUUAGAAUCAAGUGGACACCUCCCAUCAGCAAUGGUGGCUCCCCAAUUAUUGGCUAUGAUGUUGAGAGGAGAGAACGUAUGACAGGUCGCUGGGUAAAGAUGAACAAGGACCCAGUGAAGCAUCUUGAAUACUAUGAUGACCAUGUGCAAGAAGGACGUCAAUAUGAGUAUCGUGUUACAGCCAUCAAUGCCGCUGGCCAUGGAAAACCAAGUGACACAUCAGCCACUAUUACAGCUAAGCCUAUGAGAGAAAAGCCAAAACUGUAUUUGGAUGGUCUCUUUGGCAAGAAGAUUAAAGUGCGUGCAGGUGAACCAAUUAAUAUCCAGAUUCCUUUGUCAGGAGCUCCUAUUCCUGUUGUUGAAUGGACCAAAAAUACUGUUAAACUCCCAGAAACCAACAGGAUUUCGGCAGCAACAACAAGUGAUAACACCAGUUUGCAUAUAGAUUCUUCAACUAGACAUGAUUCAGGAAAGUACACCAUUACAGCAAAGAAUGACUAUGGCAAGGACUCUGCAGAUAUUGAAGUUGUGGUGGUGGACAAGCCUGGUAUUCCCAAAGGACCACUUUCAUACACCAAUAUCACACAAGACAGUGUUUCACUUGCAUGGAACCCCCCAACAGAUGAUGGAGGUGGUGAAAUUACAGGCUAUGUCAUCGAGAUGAAAGAAUAUGGUUCAGAUAGUUGGAAAACUGUACCAGGAUUCUGUCCCAAGACUGCCUUCACAGUCAAGGGUCUGAAUGAAGGAAAGCGUUAUGUGUUUCGAGUUAGGGCUGAGAAUAUAUAUGGCCUGUCAGAACCACUGGACGGUAAACCUGUUGUAGCAAAGAGUCCAUUUGAUCCCCCAGAUGCUCCAAGCACACCAGAAAUUACAGGUUACAGCCCAAGUACUUGCAGCUUGCAGUGGAAUCCUCCAGCAUCUACAGGAGGAAAGCCUAUUACAGGCUACUAUGUUGAGAAGCGUGAGCGUGGAGGAGAAUGGAUCAAGGUGAAUAAUUAUCCAACACCAAACACAAGCUUUACAGUACAAGAUCUGCGAGAAGGCUCCCGUUAUGAAUUCCGUGUGAUUGCAGUUAAUGAGGCUGGUCCUGGAAAGCCUAGCAAACCCACAGAACCAAUCACAGCAGAGGCACAACGCUUGAAACCUGAUGCACCGGAACCUCCUAAACCUGAUCGCAUCACAAGAGACAGUGUGACCCUCUCUUGGAGGCCUCCCCGAAAUGAUGGAGGAUCGAAGAUCAAGGGCUAUAUUAUUCAAAAGAAAGGAAAAGGAGAUGAUGAUUGGUCUGAUGUCAAUGGAACUCCUGUCCCUGUCAAUGUGUUCAAAGUGCCUAAUCUGAAGGAAGGUGAUGAAUAUCAGUUCAGAGUGAUAGCUGUGAAUGAUGUAGGUCCAUCAGAUCCCAGUAGGCCAAGUAACAGCAUUUUGAUUGAAGAAGAAGCCAACAAGCCAUGCAUGGACCUAGGAGGUGUUCGUGAUAUUACAGUGCGCGCUGGAGAAGAUUUCUCUAUCCACGUCCCAUAUGUUGCAUUCCCAAAACCUACACUUACAUGGUUCAACAAUGACACACUGCUGGAUGAGACUGACAAUAGAGUACAUCAGCAAUUGGCUGAUGACUAUGCCAGUAUUGUAGUGAAAAAUUCCAAGAGGUCUGACACAGGCCAGUAUCGUCUGCAGUUGAAAAAUAAAUCUGGUUUUGACACAGCCACUAUUAAUGUACGGGUAUUGGAUCGACCAUGUCCACCAGAGAAUCUGAGGGCUGAUGAGUUUGCAGGUGAUGCUCUUACACUUUUUUGGAAUCCACCAAAAGAUAAUGGAGGAGCUGAUAUUACGAACUAUGUUGUGGAGAAGAAGGAGCCACGAUCCACAGCAUGGCAGAAGGUAAGCAGCUAUGUGACUACACCUUUCUGCCGUAUUCGUAACUUGGUGAUUGGUCGAGAGUAUGAGUUCCGAGUUAUGGCUGAAAAUCAGUAUGGCACAUCUGAUCCUGCUCUUACUGCAGAGCCUGUUAAGGCAAGGCAUCCAUUUGAUCCACCUGGACCUCCUGGUGUACCACGAGGUGUUGAAACAACAGAAGACUCAAUUACUAUCUCAUGGACUAAGCCACGCCAUGAUGGUGGUUCCCCAGUCUUAGGUUAUGUCAUUGAGAAAAAGUUGAUUGGUGAAGACAAGUGGACAAAAGCAACACAUGCACAUGUAGUUGAGCUCACAUACAAAGUUCCUAACUUGAUUGAGAACCAUGAAUAUGAGUUCAGAGUAGCAGCUGUUAAUGCCGCUGGUCAAGGACCCUGGAGUUCAUCUUCUGAUGCAAUUGUAUGCAGGCCACCACGAUGUGCGCCCAAGAUAACUAGUGACUUAAGCAUCCGUGAUAUGACUGUGAUUGCUGGUGAAGAGUUCACUAUUACUGUUCCAUUUAUUGGUAAUCCAAAGCCUAAACCAACAUGGACAAUCAAUGGUGAAGAAGUUAUUCCUGGAGACAGAAUUAAGUUUGAAACAAGUACAACAUCAACAGUCUUCAUCAACAAGUGUGCAAAGCGAUCAGAUCUUGGGGGCUAUACAAUACAGUUGGUCAACUCAGAAGGAUCAGACACAGCCUCGUGUAAAGUACUUGUUGUUGAUAAACCUCUACCACCACAGGGACCUUUAGAUGUUUCUGACAUCACUCCAGAAACCUGCUCACUUAGCUGGAGACCACCACUUGAUGAUGGUGGCUCUCCAAUUACUAACUAUGUGGUAGAGAAAUUGGAUCCCUUCUCUGGAAUGUGGGUGAAAGUAAGCAGUUUUGUCCGAAGUUGCCAUUAUGAUGUGAUUGGUUUGGAACCCAACAAGAAGUAUAGCUUCAGGAUACGAGCAGAGAACCAAUAUGGUGUCAGUGAUCCAUUAGAGACAGAUCAACCAAUCACCGCCAAAUUUGCAUUCACGGUGCCAGAUCCUCCUGGACAACCACGCAUCAGUGACUGGAAUAGCAGCAACAUCACACUCACAUGGGAUAGACCAAGAAGUGAUGGAGGUUCUAGAAUCCAGGGCUAUAAAAUUGAGUACAGGGAUGUUUCAGAAUCACAGUGGCGUGUGGCAAAUGAUUAUCUUGUUAAAGACACAACAUACAUAGUGCAUAGUCUUUUAUCUGGAUGUGAAUACGAGUUCAGGGUACGAGCUAAGAAUGCUGCUGGCUGGAGCAAACCAUCACCACCAUCCUCUAAGUUCAAGCUAAAGGGCAAGUUUACUGUCCCAUCACCACCAGGAACACCAACAGUUGUCAAGGUUGGAAGGAGUUAUGUUGAUCUCAAAUGGGAACCACCUGCAUCAGAUGGUGGAAGUCGUAUCACAGGCUAUAUUAUUGAGAAGCGUGAAGUUGGUGUGGCAUCAUGGAUAAAGUGCAAUGAAUAUAAUGUUCUAGACUGCAGUUACACAGUACUUAAUCUUGUGGAACAAGCAAACUACGAGUUCCGAAUCUUUGCUGUGAAUGCAGCUGGCAAGAGUGAACCUAGCUCUUGUACAACACCAAUCAAGGUUUGUGAAGUGGAGGGAGGUGAGAAACCGGAAUUUGUUCGCCCACUUACCAAUCAGUGCAUACCACUUGGACUGCCACUUGUCUUGGAAUGUGAGGCUAAAGGCAACCCUGCACCAACGGCUCGGUGGCUGAAGAAUGGCAGAGAGAUUACUUUAGGUGGUAGAUUCUAUACUGAGCAGAAGGGCGGUGUUUUCAAGUUGAAUGUCUCAGAAGUGUGGGGAGCUGAUGAUGGGGACUAUACAUGUGAGGCCAACAAUGUCCUGGGUUUUGUAACUACAACUGCCCGUGUCAAGAUUGGUGCCCCACCAAGGAUUGAUAGAGUGCCAGGCGACUUGUACUUGCCAGAGGGAGAUAAUACAAAGAUCAAAAUCUACUAUUCUGGAGAUCAGCCUAUGGAAGUAACUCUGAGUAAGGAUGGCAAUAAAAUUGAUGAAACUACUCACAUUAAAUACACAGUAUUUGAUGAAUAUCUGAUAAUAUUCAUUAAGGAUAUAACCAAGAAUGAUGCAGGAACAUAUACGUUAUCUGUCAAGAAUGACAGUGGGAGUGUUUCAGCAUCCUUCACAGUAUACAUCACUGGUCUUCCUGGUCCACCUAUUGGACCACUUGAUGUGUCUGACAUAACCAAACACACAUGCACACUAAAUUGGAAAGCACCUCAGUAUGAUGGAGGUCUUCGUAUUACUCACUACGUUGUGGAAAGGCGAGAUGUUAGCCUGACUCACUGGAUUAUAGUGUCCAGUUUCUGCAAGGAGACCACUUUUACUGUACAAGGACUUACAGAAGGACAGGAGUAUCUGUUCCGGGUUAUGGCUGUUAAUGACAAUGGCAUUGGACCACCACUUGAAGGAACAAAUCCAAUCAAGGCAAAAGCACCAUUUGAUCCUCCAUCAGCACCUGGAGUGCCAAAUGUCACAGAAGUAGGUGAAGACUUUGUCAACCUUUCCUGGGAGAAGCCAGAGUCAGAUGGUGGAUCCAGAAUUCAAGGCUACUGGAUAGAUAAACGUGAAGUUGGCAGUGAAGCUUGGCAGAGAGUGAACCUCUCAAUAUGUUUUGCCACUCAGAUCAACAUCUCAAACCUUAUAGAAGGCCGUCAAUAUGAAUUCCGUGUUUUUGCACAGAAUGAAGCAGGAUUGAGCCAGCCUUCCUCAGCUUCCACAUCAGUCAAGAUAAAAGAUCCUCUGACUGCUACACCUCCAGAAAUUGUUAAACCAUUGAGAAAUGCCAAUUCCAUACAGAACCACAAUGCACAGUUUCAGUGUACAAUUACAGGAAAUCCUAGACCAACAAUUACAUGGUACAAGGGAGCAAGAGAAAUUAUCCAUGGUACCAAAUAUCACAUGCUCAAGGAAGGUGAUGUAUACUCAUUGAUUGUGAAUGAUGUGUAUGGUGAAGAUGCUGAUGAGUAUGUCUGCAGAGCUGUCAAUAAGGGUGGAAUCAAGUCAACUCGUGCUGAGCUCGUCAUAAUGACUGCCCCAAGGCUAAAUGUGCCACCUCGAUUCCGUGACACAGCAUUCUUUGAUAAAGGUGAGAAUGUUGUUAUCAAGAUUCCUUUCACUGGUUCCCCCAAGCCAAGAAUCACUUGGCAGAAGGAUGGAGAAACUGUAGAGUCAGGUGGACACUUUGCUGUUGAGGUUAAGGAGAGGCAUGCGAUCUUGACUAUACGUGAUGGAAGCAAACUGGACAGUGGUCCAUACCGGCUUCAAGCUGAAAAUGAUUUGGGCAUGGAUUCAGCAAUUAUAAAAAUUCAGAUCAGUGAUCGACCAGAUCCUCCUAGAUAUCCAACUGUGGACAAUAUUGGCCAUGACUCCUUGGCACUGACAUGGAAACCACCAGGUUGGGAUGGUGGAAGUAACAUCACAAACUAUCUGGUAGAAAAGCGAGAACAUCCCAUGUCCAGUUGGAUCCGUGUGGGUAGCACAAGAUUCACCAACAUGGCUAUUACAGGCCUCAGUCCAGGACACCAGUAUGAGUUCCGUGUCUAUGCAGAAAACAUAUAUGGUCGAAGCGAUCCAAGUGAUGUGACAGGUCUUGUCAAGACCAAGGAUAGUUUAAAGAAAGCUAUCAAGAAAAAGCAGUAUGAAGUGGAUGCUACUGGAAAGAAGAUUCGUGGCCAGGCAGAUGGAAAAGUGAAUGACUAUGAUCAGUAUGUGUUUGAUAUCCACUCCAAGUAUGUGCCUCAGCCAGUAGAGAUCAAGAGCACAAGUGUUUAUGACCUGUAUGAUAUCCUUGAAGAAAUUGGCACUGGGGCAUUUGGUGUUGUUCACCGAUGUCGUGAAAGAAAGACUGGAAAUAUCUUUGCUGCUAAAUUCAUUCCUGUUUCUCAUGCUAUGGAAAAGGAGUUGAUAAGGAAAGAGAUUGAUAUAAUGAACCAGCUUCACCAUCCUAAGCUUAUUAAUCUUCAUGAUGCUUUUGAAGAUGAUGAUGAAAUGGUUCUCAUCUUUGAAUUUUUGUCAGGAGGAGAGCUUUUUGAGCGUAUUACAGCUGAAGGUUAUUCUAUGUCAGAGGCUGAAGUAAUCAACUACAUGCGCCAGAUAUGCGAGGGAGUCAAACACAUGCACGAGAAGAACAUAAUUCAUCUGGACAUCAAGCCUGAAAAUAUCAUGUGCCAGACAAGAAACAGUACAAAUGUGAAGUUGAUAGACUUUGGGCUUGCAACAAAAUUGGAUCCCAAUGAGGUUGUCAAGAUUUCUACAGGGACAGCUGAGUUUGCUGCCCCAGAGAUUGUGGAGAGAGAACCAGUGGGUUUCUACACUGAUAUGUGGGCAGUUGGUGUUUUGGCUUAUGUCUUGUUGAGUGGUCUGUCACCAUUUGCUGGUGAAAAUGAUAUAGAAACUCUGAAGAAUGUCAAAGCCUGUGAUUGGGACUUUGAUGAAGAAGCCUUUGCAAAUGUUUCAGAGGAGGGAAAAGAUUUUAUUAGAAGAUUACUAGUAAAGAGCAAAGAGAAACGCAUGACUGCACAUGAGUGCCUAUUGCAUGCCUGGCUGACUGGUGAUCACAGCAAUCGUACUGACAUUAUCAGCUCUUCCCGUUACACCAACAUGCGGGACAAGAUUCGGGCAAAAUAUUCAGACUGGGACAAGUUCGUUCUUCCCAUUGGCCGGCUAGCAGAAUACAGCUCACUGCGAAAGUUGCUGGUUGAUAAAUACCGUAUUUAUGAUUCAUCAUUUGACCGAAGACAAGCAGCUCCACGAUUUGUUAUAAAGCCACAGAGUGCAUUUGCUUAUGAGGGUCAGAGUGCCAAAUUCUCCUGUCGUGUUAUUGCAAUUGCUACGCCAACACUGACUUGGUACCACAACAAUUCUGAGCUAAGACAAAGUGUUAAGUUCAUGAAACGUUAUGCUGGUGAUGAUUUCACAUUUAUAAUCAACCGAGUGAAACUUGAAGAUCGUGGAGAAUACAUCAUACGUGCAGAGAACCAUUAUGGUUACAGAGAAGAAGUUGUUUUCCUCAAUGUUCAGCCUGUUCCAAAAGUUGUACCACAGUACAGACCAGAAGUACAGCCAGUGCGUCGUCGUGAAGCGCUAGGCUAUACUUUGUGGCAAGAGGAAAAAGAAUCUGCUCCAGUCUUCACAUUCCUGUUGCGACCUAGAGUAAUGCAGAUUCGACAAACUUGUAAACUCCUCUGUUGUCUUAGUGGCAAACCUCUUCCAACAGUAAAAUGGUUCAAAGAGAAGAGGGAAUUGACAAAGUACGAAUACAAUAUGACACAUGCUGAUGGACUGGUUUUUAUGGAAAUUGUAGACUGCAAACCUGAAGACUCUGGGAAGUAUCGCUGUGUGGCAACCAACAUUCAUGGCUCUGAUGAGACAAGUUGUGUAGUUAUUGUUGAAGGCUUUGGAGAGAGUGCUGAGCAAGCUGAGUUAGCUAAUAAGUUGAUGUACUCUGGAGACCGCAGAUAUAUUGAAAAACCUAGUAGACCAGCACCCCAGUCUGUCACAGUCAACAAGUCAAGUUACAGCAGCACAAGCAAAUCCUCAUCUAACCAACACAGCAGUUCUGUUCAAAGCAGUUACAAGUCUGCAGCCACAAUAGCAGUGAGCAGUUCAAGUACUAAUGACACAUCAGACAAGCGCACUAUAAGAAAAUAUGGAAGCAAAUUGGAUGCAACUGAUAGUCCAUCAAGGUCACGUAGUGCAACCAAAGAACUAAUAUUACCCCCAGAUGAUUCACUGAUGUGUAAACCUGAAUUCACCCAGAAGCUUCAAGAUUUAACAAUCAGUGAUGGAGAUCAACUUCAUCUUACCUGCACAAUAAAGGGAGACCCUGAACCUCAGGUCAAGUGGACAAAGAAUGGCCAAGCACUAAGUUCUUCUGAUAUUGUGGACCUGAAAUAUAAGGGUGGAGUUGCAGCACUUACAAUAAAUGAAGUGUUCCCAGAGGAUGAAGGUCAUUAUGUGUGUGAAGCCACCAACUCGAUGGGUACAGCAAAGACAACAUGCAAACUUACAGUGAAGCCUAUGCAGAAUUCAGGAAGCAAAGCAAAAAGUGGGGACAGACCUCCAAAGAUUGUCAGCCACUUGAAGUCAGAAUAUGUAAAAGAUGGUGAACCUGUUAUAUUGUCAUGCCGAAUUAUAGGUGCUCAGAAGUUUGAUGUAAUAUGGCUUCAUAAUAACAAAGAAAUAAAGCCAAGUAAAGACUUUGAAUAUACAAAUGAAGCUAAUAUAUACAAACUGAAUAUAGCUGAGAUUUUCCCUGAAGAUUCAGGUACAUACACAUGUGAAGCAUUCAAUGAUGCAGGGGAAUCCUUCAGCAGCUGCACUCUGGUUGUCUUAGUACCAAAUGAAGAGCCAAAGAGCCCUGUGUUCAAAACAUUCCCGCAGUCUGCCACUGUCCAGGAAGGGGAGAGCGUCAAGUUUGAGUGUGAAAUUGAGAAAGUGCCACAAAAAGUGACAUGGCUGAAGGAUGGCAAGCCUGUAGAUGAACAAAGUUCAAAGUACCAGUUCGUCCAGGAUGGUAAAAGGAAAUUCAAGUUUGAGGUUACAAACUGUAGCACAGCAGACUUAGGCCAAUACACAGCAAAAGCUGAGGGCAAGAAGGGAGAGACAAUAGCUGCCUUCUCACUAAAUGUUGUCCCUGCUGGAGAACUGUGAACACCAUUAUGCAGGGAUAGCAAGCCACUUAAAUUUUUUACUAAGGUUCAUGCAAGAACUUUCAAUUCAUUGUGGAGAAGAAAGGGAUGAACCAAAUUGACAUGCCAACACAGCCUUCUAAAAAUGGGCAUGGAACAAGGUGGUGUUGACUUUAUGUUAUUGCAUCAUGAUCAUCAUAUCCAUUAUCAUCACCACUGUCAGCAUAUAUAUAGGUAUUAAAACUGCACCAAAUUACAUGGAAUAUACUACAAUGUGAAAUAUGUACAUCAUGAAUGAAUAAGUGAGAAAUAAUGCCAGCAUCUCCAGUAACAUCUAAAAAUUUCUAUUACUUUUUCAUUAAUGUUGACAUAUUUUACCAGUGCUGUAGUAUUUACCCUCUGUAUGAAAAUACUAUACAUACGACAAUUGGAAAUUAAUAUUUCCAUAAUUCGAUACACGAAAGAAUACGAAUAUUUUUUUAUUUAACUGCUUUCAGAAAGUAAUUCUUACAUUAUGACAAUUACAAACUGAAGCAGGAUUGUUGUUUCUCUGUUUCAAUCCUUCAGUAGAUAAUGUAUUUGUUCUCGCACUUCAGUCUCAAUUCAUUAUUGAAUAAGGUCAUCUAAGUCUAGUCAUUUAUAAUCAAUACUCUGGAAAUCUAAAAUAAGCAUCUUCUUUUUUGGCAGUUACACAAAUUAUAUGCACAGUUGCUAAAAUGGGUCAGUCUUUGUAUUUAUUAAAACAAUUGUGUGUUUAUUUGGAACAGACUUCAUAAUGGCACAGGACUGACAUGCAGUUGUAUCUCUCUCCUUCCCUCAUUCCUUGUUCUGUCACUCAGCACUCGAAACUCACUACUUUGUAUGGUCUCAUUUGUGAACAAAAUAAAAACAAUCUCACAUUAAA